AGUUGAAAACUCUGAUAACUUUAUCCACGCGCUAGAUAAAGCACGUGUUCUGCAAUCUCAUCUCGGGGCCGAGUCAAAAGAAGAAAUCUAGAGGCGAUUCUCUGAUCCGAUUCCGGCGAGAGAGAGAGAGAUCUUCUCCGAUAAUGGCGUCCUUUAAGGUGAUGCAUUCUUCCACUUCUACAAACUCGGAUCCAUCUCGUCGCAUCCCUUCUUCCUCUAUAAGACCUCAACCGUUCAGGCGAGAUCCCAACGCGAGGAUUCUCGGCGGUUACGACGGUUACAGUCCCGGCACGAUGACGGUUGAAGGGAUUCUACACGAGACUUUCGCAUCGGAUCCACCGGCGACGGAUUCUUCGCUCCUGAUGGAUGCUGCUCCGACGCCGAUGGAGGUAGCGACGGUUUCCGGAGGAACGGAUACGCGUGGGAAGAGCGUCGACGAGGUGUGGAGAGAGAUCGUAUCUGGAGAAGGGAAGGGGAUGAAGGAGGAAGCAGAGACGCAGCAUGACGAGAUGAUGACGUUAGAGGAUUUCUUAGCGAAAGCCACUGGUGAAGACGGAGGAGGAGGAGGAGAGUCCGAUGACGUGGACGCGAAGAUUCCUCCCGAGAGUUACGGAUUCGAUCAUCACAAUCCGUUUCAGAUGAUUGAUAAAGUGGAAGGAUCGAUCGUUGCGUUUGGGAACGGUGUGGAUGUCUACGGAGGAGGAGGAGGAGGAGGAGGAGGAGCGAGAGGGAAGAGAGCGAGAGUGAUGAUGGAGCCGUUGGAUAAAGCAGCUGCGCAGAGACAGAGGAGGAUGAUCAAGAACCGUGAGUCUGCUGCUAGGUCUAGAGAGAGGAAGCAGGCUUAUCAAGUUGAGUUGGAGACUUUAGCUGCCAAGCUCGAGGAAGAGAAUGAGAAGCUUUCUGUGGAGAUUGAAGAGAAGAGGAAAGAGAGGUACCAGAAGCUGCUGGAGUUUCUGAUUCCUGUGGUUGAGAAACCUAAGCAGGAACCUCGGUUCUUGCGCAGGAUUCGAUCUUUGGAGUGGUAAGGAUGGUCCAGAACAAAUAAAAAGGUAGAGACUUUGGAAGGUUUCUUUAGGAUUGUAAGGUUUCUUUUGGUAUGUAACUAUAAGACCUGUGUGUAUGAGAGUGAUUUCGUAAUCUGCAGUAAAGAGUAGCGAAUGUGAUGAUGAAUAUGGCUAAUAACUUUACUAUAUUAUAUAUAUAGAUUGCAUAUGUUAUUUAGUUAUCACUUAUGGUUUUGAUGAGA